GCGGCGUUUCCUCCCCACCGAAGCGAAGUGGAUGCGGGUGGCCGUCGCGGUGGUGUCCUCGCCGGCCUGAGACGGGGGAGAGAGAGCCGCGGCGGCGGAGGGAUGCGGCGGACCCGCCCGACCCGCAGCGCUGACGCCAUGAUCUCUUAUCUAGCCAUGUUAAAGAUGGAUUGCUGUUACUGAUGGGAAAAAGUCCAAUAUGAGUGGAAAUGAUACUGGAGGAAGAAGACGCUUUGAAGACACAGAGCACACACUACACAUAUACCCUGGGAGCAUUGCUGAAGGGACCAUUUAUUGUCCUGUUAUUGCACGAAAAACAUCUACUGCUGCUGAGGUGAUAGACUCUCUGAUUAACAAAUUGCAGUUGGACAAAACAAAAUGCUAUGUCUUGGCAGAAGUGAAGGAAUUUGGUGGGGAGGAAUGGAUCCUCAACCCCACAGAUUGCCCUGUCCAACGCAUGAUGCUGUGGCCACGUAUGGCCCUGGAGAACCGCUUGAGUGGCGAGGAUUAUCGUUUUCUUCUAAGGGAAAAGAACCUAGAUGGUUCAAUACAUUACGCCAGUCUCCAGUCCUGGUUGCGGGUGACCGAGGAACGGCGCAGAAUGAUGGAACGUGGCUUCCUUCCUCAACCACAGUAUAAGGAUUAUGAUGAUUUAUGUGCAUUGCCAGAUUUGAAUGAAAGAACACUCUUAGAAAACCUUAGAAAUCGCUUUAAACAGGAAAAAAUUUACACAUACGUUGGAAGCAUUUUAAUAGUCAUUAACCCAUUCAAAUUUCUUCCCAUUUAUAACCCUAAAUAUGUCAAGAUGUAUGAUAAUCACCAGCUGGGGAAGCUGGAGCCCCAUAUUUAUGCAGUGGCUGAUGUAGCAUAUCAUGCCAUGCUACUGCGUCGAAAGAACCAAUGUAUAGUCAUUUCUGGAGAAAGUGGGUCUGGGAAAACACAGAGCACAAAUUUCUUGAUUCAUCACCUCACGGCUCUUAGCCAAAAGGGAUUUGCUAGCGGAGUAGAACAAAUCAUUCUUGGAGCUGGACCAGUGCUGGAGGCAUUUGGGAAUGCAAAGACAGCACACAACAACAAUUCAAGUCGCUUUGGCAAAUUUAUUCAAGUAAAUUAUCAGGAGACUGGCACUGUGCGUGGAGCUUACGUUGAAAAGUAUCUACUAGAAAAGUCCAGACUAGUCUAUCAGGAACAUAAUGAAAGGAACUACCAUGUAUUCUAUUACCUGCUGGCAGGAGCAAGUGACGAAGAGAAAUCUGCAUUUCACCUUAAACAGCCUGAUGAAUAUCACUACCUUAAUCAGAUGACAAAGAAACCCCCUAAACAGAGCUGGGAUGACUGUUACUAUGACUCUGAGCCGGAUUGCUUCUCUGUUGAAGGCGAAGACUUGAAGCACGAUUUUGAACGUUUGCAGCUAGCUAUGGAGAUGGUGGGCUUUCUUCCCAAAACUCGCAAGCAGAUUUUUUCCCUUCUGUCAGCUAUAUUACAUUUGGGUAACAUCUGUUACAAGAAGAAAACCUACCGAGAUGAUUCCAUAGAUAUCUGUAAUCCAGAAGUCUUGCCUAUUGUCUCAGAGUUACUAGAGGUAAAAGAAGAAAUGUUGCUUGAAGCACUGAUUACAAGAAAAACAGUGACUGUAGGAGAAAAGCUUGUAUUACCAUACAAAUUGGCAGAGGCUGUUACAGUACGAAAUUCCAUGGCCAAAUCAUUGUACAGUGCCCUGUUUGAUUGGAUUGUUUUUAGAAUUAACCAUGCACUUUUGAAUACCAAGGACUUAGAAGAAAGCACCAAGACUUUGUCCAUUGGAGUACUUGAUAUUUUUGGUUUUGAAGAUUAUGAAAGUAAUAGCUUCGAACAAUUUUGCAUUAAUUUUGCAAAUGAACGUUUACAGCACUAUUUUAACCAACAUAUCUUUAAACUGGAGCAGGAGGAAUACAGACUUGAAGGCAUCAGCUGGCAUAACAUAGACUAUAUCGACAACUCUGGCUGUAUAAACCUCAUCAGUAAAAAGCCAACAGGGUUGCUCCAUCUGCUGGAUGAAGAGAGCAAUUUCCCACAAGCAACAAACCAAACGUUACUAGACAAGUUUAAGCGUCAGCAUGAAGGGAAUCUCUACAUAGAAUUUCCAACUGUAAUGGAACCUGCCUUUAUCAUAAAACACUAUGCUGGAAAAGUUAAAUAUGGUGUGAAGGAUUUCCGGGAGAAAAAUACAGACCAUAUGCGACCCGACAUUGUUGCUCUCCUUAGGAGCAGCAAGAGUGCCUUUAUCUGUGGAAUGAUAGGGAUUGAUCCUGUUUCUGUGUUUCGCUGGGCUGUCCUCAGAGCGUUCUUCAGAGCUGCGGUUGCCUUUAGGGCAGCUGGGCAGAAAUAUAUUGAGAAGAAAACUGGGCAUGAUGAUGCGGUUUUGAAAAAUGUGGAUAGUUUUAGCUUUCUCCAUCACCCAGUUCAUCAGAGGAGCUUAGAGAUCCUACAGAGAUGCAAGGAGGAGAAGUACAGUAUUGCUCGGAAACGUCCAAGAACACCCCUUUCUGAUCUGCAGGGAGUUAACACUAUUAACGAGAAAAGCCAGCGCGAUGCAUACGGAGUGUGGAAUAGCAGGAUGGGCCUCAGACAGAGCCGACUCUCCAGCCCCAGCAGUUUCCUUGACAAAGAUGGGAUAUUUGUGAAUUCAACUAACAGCAAGCUUUUGGAGCGCGCCCACGGCAUUCUCAUGCGAAACAAGAACUUUAAAGUCAAGCCCAGCCUCCCAAAGCACUUGCUGGAGGUGAAAUCGCUCAAGCACCUGACAAACCUGACUCUGCAUGACCGUAUCACAAAGUCUCUUCUCCAUCUUCACAAGAAGAAGAAGCCCCCAAGCAUCAGUGCACAGUUCCAGGCUUCACUUACCAAGUUGAUGGAGACUCUUGGGCAGGCAGAGCCCUAUUUUGUCAAAUGCAUUCGCUCCAAUGCUGAGAAGCUUCCCUUGAGGUUCAAUGAUAACUUGGUGCUUAGACAGCUGCGGUAUACAGGAAUGCUUGAGACAGUGCACAUCCGGCAGUCGGGAUAUAGCUGUAAAUACUCUUUCCAGGAUUUUAUAGACCAUUUCCAUGUACUUCUCCCACGUGGCACUGUCCCAUCUAAGCAGAAUAUUGAAGGCUUCUUCAGGAAAACAAAGACUAACCUAGAUAGUUACCAAGUGGGGCGAACAAUGGUGUUCAUGAAGGAACAGGGGCGACAGCUUUUACAAGGACUGUUGCACAAGGAAGUGUUGCGAAGGAUUAUCUUACUGGAGAGCUGGUUCCGGACUAUGCUGUACAGGAGGCACUUCCUGAGCUUGAGGCAGGCUGCUGUGGUCAUACAGCAUUGCUGGCGUCGUUACCAGAAAAGAAAAGGAGCUAAAGCGGAAGAAUCCCUGAACAAUUCAGCCUUUUUAGACCAAGCUGCAGUGGUUCUUCAGGCAUACUGGCGAGGUUACAUGGCGAGGCGAAGGUUCCAGCAGAUGCGGUUAGCGGGCUUCAUUAUCCAGAGCUCUUGGCGGGACUGCUUAAGGCGUAGGCAUGCUGCAGCAACAUCUAUCCAGGCGCAAUGGCGGAGCUACCGCAUGAGGACUCUCUACAGGGCCAAGAGAAACAAAAUAAUUUUGUUGCAAGCAGCAUACAGAGGCUACAAAGCACGACAGAGGUUUACAACAUUAAAAGAGCAGCAAUUGAGUGAAGCAUCACUAAAGAAUAGACUAACAAGUAAAGGUGAUAAAUUAACACUAGGGUGUAGCUCAGAUAUUAAAGAUUCAGACCCUUCUGAAUGGGAAGAUAGUUCAUUUGAAAACAGAGUGAAAGCUGUAGAAGACUAUAAAUCAGUUACGGACAAUAGAACAGACCUAUCAACUUCGUUAUAUAAGCAUCAUGAGAGGGCCAACAGCCAGGGUGGAGUGAGCAUGGAAGAGGAAGUUCUUGUAAGAGAAAGACCAAAGUCACUGGAAGAUCUCAACCAAAAAAAAGGAGUUCGUGCAAAACGAGAGAGCCGGCGGAUGCGCGAAUUGGAACAAGCAAUUUUUAGUUUGGAGUUGCUUAAAGUUCGAUCAACAAGUGGAACUUCUCCAUCGGAGGAGCAUCAUUUGUCCCCUGAGCUUGUUUCUGAAGGGAUGCCCUCUCCUUGGAGAACUCCAGAGAGUAAAAGCUCUCAGGGAAGUCUAGAGAAGCUGAGCCGGGACCCCCUCUUACCUCAGGAUCACAAUAUACAUCCUAGAGAAUCACUACCUGAUAGUCCGAAAUUUGAUGAUGAUGAUGAUGAUGAUGAUAAAGGCAUCUCCAAAUUUGCUGCCGCUGCUAUAAAUAGAAAUGUAUCAGAGAGAAAGAGGUCAAUCUCAAGUUCUGAAUUACCGGACCUCCUUGCUGCUAAAGAGCUGCCAGCUUGUGACUCUUAUGGUGUUGUCUCCAACAUGCGUACAAGAGAAUCAUUAAUUUCUAGUAGUUUGCCUACAUUUUAUCUUCCACCACAAGACAAGCUGAAAGUUGGCUAUUCAGUGAGAGGCAAUAACCUAAGAAACAAACAAAUGGAAAUGGGGAGCAAUUUUUUUCCCCCAGAAACGAAAAAGAAUGUUCAGCUGGAAAGGGCAAGACGGAGUACAGCCUUACCUGAGGAUGGCCAAAUUUCCUGCAGCAGAGAAUUCCCAACUCCGACAGCUGCAGAAGUGCAUCUUUCUGAUACAGUUAUCCAAAAGUUGGAGAAGCUAAAUGUUGAGAAAGAAGAACGCCAGAAACGAAAGCAGAUGCAGAAUGAAAAAGAAAUGAUGGCACAAAUACGACAGCAGACGGAAAUUUUGGGGAAGCAGUGUAAAGUUUUUGAAGAGCUUCAGAGACAAGAGAAUGAACAGAACAGGAUUCGGGACUCUUGCCAUGGGACCCCUCUCGCGUCGCCCAAGAGAAUGGACCGGGCUCAGUCUCUACUCAUCACAAAUCCUCAAGACAAUCUUGCAGCAAAUACAGAAGCCACCUCAUCAGUGGACCUUAAAUCUCUUACUGGCCCCAAAAAAGGAACUCCCCCUACUUCCCAGAUGGUCCAGAAGGAAAAGACUAUCCUCAAGGUCUCAGAAAAAAAGGAAGGUCAGACCCCAGUCAUCCCGGAAUCUGCUGGAACAGAUUGGUUGAAUUUGCAAAUGGGUGCUGAGCCUCAGGAAAAUGUGAGCAGUCUACCCGCAAGGGAGAAGCGGUUCAGAUUGCCUCGGAUGUCUAGCCAGGGCAUGGAAAGCUCUUCUAAGGAAACCAGAGUUGGUUCCAUUUUCUUUACACCAAAGGAUAGUCAUUUGGGCAAUACCUUUAACAAAGAAUCUUCAUCACCUCUGCUUCUUCCAAAAGAAGAACAAAAAAAGCCACUGAAGCUUCCCAAAACAGAUAGAGGAGAGCAGGUUGCCCGACCAGUCCAUAAAAAGAAAGCCCGCAUGGCACGGACCCGCUCGAAUUUCUUGACUAGAGGUGCUUUUGCUGAUUGGGAGGGGGAUACAGAGGAAGAGGAUUGUGAUGACAAUCUUGAAUUCCUUCUCUCCUUUGAGCAUCCUCCUCACCUUGAGCCUGGUUGUGCAGUCAGGCUUGGGCAGCCCUGUCAUAGUGACUCUGAAAUGAUGUUACAGCGUUCUGCAUCAAACGAAGGCCAAGCAAAGCUUCACAAAACAAUGUCUCAAGGAGAGAUUGGCAAACUGGCAGUUGCCCAGAAGAUUGUAGCCAUGGACGGAAGUAGACCUCAAAGAGCCAAGAUGAGAUUUUGGGGGAAAGGAAGGCAGGGGGAGAAGAAAGCAAGCAGGGAGAAGCUUGCUACCCAGUCAGAGCUGUUGGAACUGUAUCCUGACCAAGAUGCACCAAGAAGAGAGAUGAUUCCAGGUCUACAGCUUGAGGAAGAGCUGACUCCUCCAAGGAGUCCUGAACUGUCGGGCAUUUAUCGAAGGGAAUGUAAAGAAAACAAAGAGCCAUCUCCAAAGGUGAAGCGGAAGCGCAGCCUGAAAAUCAGCAAUGUAACUAUGGAACCUGCACAAUGGCAGAACGAUGCUCUUCAGAUCAUAACAAGUGCUAGUGACUUGAAAAGCAUGGACGAGUUCCUCUUGAAAAAGAUGAAUGAUUUGGAUAGCGAAGACUGUAAGAAGGACACUCUUGUGGAUGUGGUAUUUAAAAAGGCUUUGAAAGAAUUCCGACAAAAUAUCUUCAGUUUCUACUCUUCUGCAUUGGCAAUGGGUGAUGGGAAGAGCAUCCGCUACAAGGACCUUUAUGCACUGUUUGAACAGAUUCUAGAGAAAACCAUGAAGCUUGAACAGAGGAACUGGAGUGAAUCCCCCGUACGGGUCUGGGUCAAUACAUUUAAGGUGUUUCUGGAUGAAUACAUGACAGAGUAUAUGCCUCUGGAUUAUUCUGCUUCGAAGGUGACAAAAACAGAAAGGAAGAAGAGACGAAAGAAGGAAGCAGAUAUUGUAGAAGAACAUAAUGGCCACAUUUUUAAGGCUACUCAAUAUAGCAUCCCUACCUACUGCGAAUUCUGUUCCUCCUUGAUAUGGAUCAUGGACAGGGCCUCUGUUUGCAAAUUGUGCAAAUAUGCUUGCCACCGAAAGUGCUGCCUGAAGACCACAACGAAAUGCUCCAAAAAGUACGACCCGGAGCUUUCUUCGCGUCAGUUUGGAGUCGAACUCUCUCGCCUGACCAGCGAAGAGCGAAUUGUGCCGUUAGUGUUUGAGAAGCUCACCAGUUACAUAGAAAUGCAUGCUUUGUACACUGAAGGCAUUUACCGGAAAUCCGGAUCAACGAAUAAAAUCAAAGAAUUGCGGCAGGGCCUUGACACAGAUAUUGAGGGUGUGAAUCUCGAUGACUACAACAUCCACGUCAUUGCCAGUGUGUUCAAGCAAUGGCUAAGGGAUUUGCCUAAUCCUCUCAUGACGUUUGAACUCUACGAAGAAUUUUUGCGAGCCAUGGGUUUGCAGGAGAGGAAGGAGGCCAUCCGUGGGGUCUACUCGGUCAUUGAUCAGCUUUCCCGUACCCAUCUUAAUACCUUGGAACGCCUGAUCUUUCACCUUGUCAGGAUUGCUCUGCAAGAAGAAACAAAUCGAAUGUCAGCUAAUGCUCUGGCCAUUGUGUUUGCUCCCUGUAUCCUCCGCUGUCCAGACACCACUGACCCUCUGCAGAGCGCUCAGGAUGUCAGUAAAACCAUCAGUUGUGUAGAGCUGAUUGUUAUAGAACAGAUGAACAAAUACCGGGCCCGUCUCAAGGAUAUCAGCAGCCUCGAGUUUGCAGAGAACAAAGCAAAGAGCCGUCUCUCCUUGAUCCGCAGGUCCAUGGGUAAAGGGCGUCUACGCCGAGGGACCUAUCCAAGCCCUACGUCACCGGCGGCGGUCAGAUUGCCCUCUAUGGCAGAUGCUCCUGAGGAGGCCCUGAGCAGCGAGGAGGCCAUGGAGAUGGAGGUCACCGAACAGCAGCAAGUAGCCAUGCAGCAGGAGGAGAAGGUGCUGGCAGAGCAAAUCGAGAGCCUGCAGAAGGAGAAGGAAGAAUUAACUUUUGAGAUGCUGGCACUGGAGCCUAGAGCCUCUGAUGAUGAAACGUUAGAGUCCGAGGCUUCAAUUGGCACUGCAGACAGUUCCGAAAACUUGAAUUUUGAUUCUGAAGGAACUAUUUCAGACAAAUCAGGCAGAAGUUUAAUCCUCAACCAAGCACGACCUGUCAAGGCAGACCCCGUUGGUACCUCUAGGUCUCGAAGGCAUCUGCGGAAGCAGCAGGAGUCUUUGGACUCGGUGGAUUCCUUGGUUUCUUCUCCAUCCCUGUCACCCUCUUCCUCAUCGUCCUGCCUGCCUCAUGUGACAAGGAAACGAUUCCAGAUCUACUCCAAAUCGCCUUUUUAUCGAGCAGCCCCCACUGGGGAUGCUGUGGCACUGGAGCGAUCACCAGGGCAUGCCAAGGUCCUGGACGAUAGGCCACAGUUCACCACCAGAGGGACAUUCAAUCCAGAGAAAGGCAAGCAGAAACUGAAGAAUGUGAAAAUCUCCCCCCCAAAAGCCAAAGAACUCCCAGAGGGGUCUGCUGGGACAGGCCGGAAGCGUCAUCCUGAUGCUGCUGAUUACAUGAGCCCUCAGCAACUGGUGCUGCUAGGAAAUAAUGAGUUCAUGGUAUGAGUUGUCUGUGGCAGUAAAGCGAAAGCAUCUCCUCCAUAGCAUCUUCCCUCCACUCCAGUGCCAUCUGCUGCCACCUCCAUUGUAGGACUACUGCUGUCCCCCAAGUCAGCAUCUCCUCCUUAUUUGUUGCUUGGAGUCCUAGCAUUGCAUUGCCAGUGCAGAAGUGGGGAGCCUUGCUCUUCCCUCGAGUACAAGUGGAGGAAAGUUCAGCCGUGGCCUUAGCUGACUUAGCCUUUGGAACUCCGUGAUUUCUCAGAGAGUCAGGCUGGGAAUUUGCAGUGAAACCAGUAGAGCUGAGGGAAUGAUGGCUGGUGAACCAGGUUUGUGUGUUCCUUUUUCUUUAAUGGGCCAGGGAAUGUGCCAGCCAGCUGAGAACAUCAGGAGGGCAGCUUGAGUUCAAGAGAGGCGUUCUUGAUCCUGAUGGUCAAAGUUUCUGACUUUGGGAUUGGGUUUUUGCACUGGGACUGAGAAGCAGUGAACCUUCCUCAAAGGAAUGUCAGCGACACAGAGACUGAGCCCUUUGUUCAGAGCUAUUUAUAAUGCACUCCAUGGCGUUCUCAGAUGAGGUGAAAAACACUCAUUUUCACUCAAGCACUUCUUAGACUACAUCAGGUGCACCUCUGUUGUGAAAAAGAGUUAUUUAUCUAUCUAGCGUUCUUGGUUUAAACUUCUUGGUUGAUGGUGUCAGAAUAACCAAUGCCAGUUUGAUUCCAGGUAGGUCAAAGCCAAACAUUUGUGCCGAAUUUCCAGUAGCCAUAAUCACAACAUAGAUCCUGUCCUUGGGGCAGAAAAGCAGACUCUAAGACUAGACGGAAGUGUUAGGCAGUAGAACUGUUUACUUUUCUGACUGUGUCUCUGGCCCAACCCCAUGCUGGUAGCUGAGCAGAAGGCUCUAAACCUCUUGACAGGCCGAGAAAUCGCUACUCAAGCAAAAUGCAAGUGUAAGGAAGGCUGCUGUUGAAAUCAAUCAGUUUAACAAGUGAUUUAACAUUGCUUUCUUUGCUAAACAUCAGUAUUAAACAAAGGCGCAAAUUAAAAAAAAUGAGAGACUACUUGAAGCUCUUUGUUAGUAUUAUGGUUACUGAAGUUCAAUGUAAAUAUAACUUUUUAUGUUUAUUUUCUUUUUCCACAAUGUGGGACUUUAUUAAUGUGGGACAUUUAAGCCAGAAAAGUGGAAGGAGGAGCAGGCAUAAGUUACUAGAAGUAAUUCCAGGAUCUUUUUCAGUGUGGAACAAUUAACAGUUGCCCUGUUUUGCACCAGUAUGACAUUAGAUCAUUCCACCUAUAUGUUGUGAUUAAAUUGCUAUGCUGUAACUGUAGAGCAAGAGCCUUGAUGACAACAGAGAGGUCUGCAUAAGGGUCUUUUGGAAGCUCCAUUUUUCAGAUAUCACUGAUCUGUUUUGAUUGUAUGGCAGAAAAGUUAGACUGCAAAGACCUCCUGUCAUGAUACAGCCACCACUUUUCCACAUUUGUUGAAGCUGUAGAACAAGGACAGUGCGCCAUGAUCACAGGCAGAAACCCGAGGUAACUGAUCCUCUUUACAAACCAUGCACACUUUUAUUAGUUUCCUAUCUAAGAGGUUUGACCAACUGAGUGUUAGAGCUAUUAAUGGUUUAAAACCACCUGCCCCCACCCCGAAGUAAAUGAGGAGCUUCAAUUUUUUCUUGGAGUCUUUAAGUCUGCUGCACCCCACUGCCGAAUCACAGCUGCAGCACAGUGGUCCUUAGUUUUUAAUCUGGCACCAUACGAAGCAAGAGACCUUGAUGUAGUAAGUAUACAGACAGGCUGUUUUCACAAGUCAAAAGCUGCCGUAAAAAUCAAAACUGAAUGCCAGAAUUGGCAUUCUGAAUGGCAGUGUAACUCUCAUAAGAAAUCAUAAUAUUUAUAACAGUACCUGUUACAAUAAAGAGGCCUUAUUAGAGAUUUUGAAAUCUUGCUAGUUUGAACUGUCCUUUCAGUGACUGAAGAUGGUGUUUGCUAUGUUGGUCGAGUUUUGUUUAGCUGUUCGCAGAAGAAUCUGUUGCGUUUUUCCUACUUCAAGAAGGUGAAAUGUCUGGCAGACCUUUCAGCUUCAACCCUGUUGACGGAUUCUUGUUUGCUCUUGGUCACUGGGGUUUGUGUUUGUUAGUUAGUUUUCUGCGCAGAGUAAGUGCUCCUGCAGGACCCUUUGCAGAUAGAAUGUUCAAUAUCUGGGUUCCAGCUUGCAGUGUUUGGUUG